AUGGCCGAAGAACAGAAGCCCGUCGAGGUCAAGGAGACUGUUCCUGUCACCACCACCGACGCCCCCGUCGCCGCCGAGACGAAGCCUGCCGAGACCACUGAGACUCCCGCCGCCCCUGCUGCCACCGAGGAGACACCGGCUGCCGCUACCGAGACCACCGCCGAUGCCCCCGCCGCUGAGGCUGCUGCCGCCACUGAGGAGGCUAAGAAGGAGGUCGUCCCCGUCGAGGAGGGUACCCUUGAGCACAAGGGCCUCAACUUCCCCAAGAACUUCAUCUACUCCAAGGAGUUCUUCUGGUUCGGAUCUGACGCCGUCGAGUCCAAGAACCUGUCUUCCUACCUGAAGACCGAGAAGUCUGCCGAGACUGCUCACCACAACGCCGCCUGGGCCUCUCACACCGGCAAGGGUCUCCUUUUCUUCGGUGACAAGACCGCCCCCCAGGGUGUCAUCAACCUGGCUGAUGCCGCCGAGCCUGCUGCCGAUGGCGCCAACAAGUUCCACUUCACCGCCAAGGGUCACAAGCACGUUUUCAAGGCCGCCAACGCUGAGGAGCGCGACAACUGGAUCUCCCAGCUGAAGAUCAAGAUCACUGAGGCCAAGGAGCUUGCCUCCACCGUCACCGAGACUGAGGCUUACAAGACUGCUCUCGAGAGCUUCAAGCCCGCCAAGAAGGAAGAGAAGAAGGAGGAGAAGGCCGCCGAGACCCCUGCUGCUGACGCCGCUGUCGCCACUGAGACCCCCGCUGCUGAGGCUGCUACUCCCGCUGCCACCGAGGAGGCUGCCAAGGAGACCCCUGCCGUUGAGGAGCCCAAGAAGGAGGAGCCCAAGCGUCGCUCCGCUAGUCGCAAGCGCGCCUCCAUCUUCGGCAGCCUGCUGAGCAAGAAGGAAGAGUCAAAGAAGGAGGAGAAGAAGGAGGAGGAGACCGCUACCACCGAGACUCCCGCCGCCGAGGCUGCUGCCCCUGUUGAGGCCGCUGCUGCUACUGAGACUCCUGCUGUCGAGACUCCUGCUACUCCCGCCGCUGAGACCCCCGCUGCCACUGAGGCUGCUGUUGAGGACAAGCCCGCUGAGACCCCCAAGGAGGAGAAGAAGCCUGCUCCCCCUACCAAGCGCAACUCCAUCUUCGGUGUCUUCGGCAAGAAGGAGAAGAAGGCUCAGGCCGCUGCUGAGGCUGAGGCUCCCGCUACCCCCGCUAAGGAGGGUGAGGUCACCCCCGCUGCUGAGACCGCCCCUGUCAUUCCUCCUGUUGAGGCUACCACUCCCCUCGCCGUCGACGUCUCCAACCCCAGCACCGUCCCCGUUGAGACCAAGGAGACCACUCCCGCUACCAACGGCGAGACUCGCCCCGAGCUGAAGGCCGAGAAGCGCAAGUCUUCCCUCCCCUUCGGCUUCGGCAAGCGUGACAAGUCUCCCGCUGCCAAGUCCCCUGCCCACUCUGACAACGAGGAGGGUGAGAAGACCGAGAAGACCAGCGCCUUCUCCAAGCUUCGUGCCACCAUCAAGGGCCGUGGCAAGACUGCCGACAAGCCCGCUGACAAGCUCGAGAAGACUGAGGAGAAGCCCGAGGAGCCCGCUGCUGAGGCUGCGAAGACUGAGGAGACUCCCGCCGCUGAGACCUCCAAGGCCACCGAGGAGCCUGAGAACAAGCCCGAGAACGUUGCUUCUUCCACUCCCGCCCCUGUCACCGCCGCCGCAUAG